AAGGAAGGAAGGAAGGAAGGGAGAGGCGGACCCGGUGCCCCGGGAAGGGAUUCUUGGAAGCUUGAGGAUUACUGCUUAGUUGAUUAAAGCUAAGGGAGUUCCUUGCAGCAGAGUAAAUAAAGCUUAUGGCCCAACACCUAGAAAGUAACUUUGCCAUGAAAAAGAGGACGUGAUAAGCUGUUCAACUUAUGAAAUUCAAUUUAUAUGUGAAUUCUGCCAGGCAAUACAAAGAUCUGUGGAAUAUGAGUGAUGACAAACCCUUUCUAUGCACUGCGCCUGGAUGUGGCCAGCGUUUUACCAACGAGGAUCAUUUGGCUGUCCAUAAACAUAAACUUGAGAUGACACUGAAAUUUGGUCCAGCACGUAAUGACAGUGUCAUUGUGGCUGAUCAGACCCCAACACCAACAAGAUUGCUGAAAAACUGUGAAGUGGGUUUGUUUAAUGAGUUGGCAAGUCCAUUAGAGAAUGAAUUCAAGAAAGCCUCAGAAGAUGACAUUUAAAAAAAAAUGCCUCUAGAUUUAUCCCCUCUUGCAACGCCGAUCAUAAGAAGUAAAACUGAGGAGCCUUCUGUUGUAGAAACAACUCACCAAAAUAGUCCUUUACCUCACACAGAGUCUACUACAAGUGACAAAAAGGAAGUACCAUUGGCACAAACUGCACAUCCCACAUCAGCUAUCGUUCGUCCAGCAUCAUUACAGGUUCCCAAUGUUCUGCUUACAAGUUCAGACUCAAGUGUGAUUAUUCAACAGGCUGUACCUUCACCAACCUCAAAUACUGUAAUCACCCAGGCACCAUCCUCUAAUAGGCCUAUUGUUUCUGUACCAGGCCCAUUCCCCCUUCUGUUACAUCUUCCUAAUGGACAAACCAUGUCUGUUGCUAUUCCUGCAUCAAUCACAAGUUCUAAUAUGUACGUUCCAACUGCAGUUCUACUUGUUCGACCGGUCACCAUGGUGCCUAGUGUUCCAGGAAUUCCAGGUCCGUCUUUCCCUCAACCAGUCCAGUCAGAAGCAAAACUGAGAUUGAAAGCUGCUUUGACCCAGCAACAUCCCCCAGUUACUAAUGGUGAUACUGUCAAAGGUCAUGGGAGUAACUGAAUCGGAAUCAAUCAGAAGAAUCUCGACCACAGUCAUUGUAGCAGCCAGCCACAUCCACCACAGAAACUCCUGCAUCUUCAGCUGAUAUAAACACCACAGACGCAAAGUACAAGUGGUUGUCGAAGAAGAGCAGCUAAUGAGGAUCCUGAUGAGAAAAGGUGAAAGUUUUUGGAGUGAAACAGACCAACAGCUUCAAGAUGCCGACAGAAGAGGAAAGUCUGGGUUCAGUCUUUAGAGAAUAAAGCAGAAGACUUGAGUUCAUUAAA